ACGCAUACGGCCAUAAAACAUACCUCUACCACAGCAACAGACAAAGCGAUGGACCAGGCCAGCCAUAAUGGGACCGUAGAGGGUUCUGUCACCCGCUCUAUUAAAACAUCCACCACAGAAGACGAAAGAAUAUCACCAGGUAAUUCUGAGGUAUCAAAUAGUUCAAGUGAAAUACCAAGCUCUUCUACAGAGAACACCAUUACUGCUACAACAAAAGUGGUUAGCACAGACCGAGAAAUUUCUAGUACGAAAACAAGUCUCGCGAGUGCAACUACCACGUCCGAAACCGCUGCAGUGAAUAGCAGCCAAAGCGUCCUCAUGAAACCAUCUACGUCUUCCCCUCAUAACGCAAGCAUUGCUCCACGGCACGCGAAUCCUUCUACGAAGUCUGCAGACGAGCCAAACACACAUCAAAACAUUGCGGAUUCAGUCCCAGAAAAGACUAAUUCAUCGAAUGAAGAAACUACAGCAAUACCACCGGGAGAUUCGCAUAUAUCCAACAUCACAAGUAAAGUACCAACGUAUUCGACAGAGAAGACUGUGACAACAGCACGGACAUAUGCCCAAAGCAAUGAAAGUUCGCAUACGACAUCAGCAACUAGCACAUCUGCAGUAUCUGCUGCAAAAGAAGCCAGCGGCCGCACAAGCACUGUGACAAUCACUUCGAAGGCAACAACUUCCGCUCGUGGACUAAGUAGUGCUACUGAGAUAAACGAAGCAUUUGCCUCUCCAAAAGAUAAAUCAAAUGAGCAUGACCGUAAUAACGUUGUCAGAGAAGGUUCAACUGUACAAUUUUUAAGCUCGUCAACAGAGGAAAGCCCAAAACUUGCGUCUAUUGAUUCUCGCAAGCCGGAGAGCCAUAAGAAUUUAUCCAGUUCGGCAACGAAAGAAACUGUAUCUGUAAGAGCAGUUAAUACGACUCGUAUCGCAAACUCUGAUGCGACCACACUUUCCACUAGCGAAUCAGCGUCAUCCGUAUCAGAAACAUCAAACGGCUCAAGAAGUGCUCAGGAAAACAGUUCUCAAGCAGCAACAUCCACUGCUAAUACAGCUAGCGGAACAGAUUUUUCUACAAGAGCGAUAGACAAAUCAAAUGAACGCAACAACAAUAAUGGCAACCAACAAACUUCAACCACACGAUCCUUCAGCACUUUAACCAAAGAGAGCACAAAAAGAACGAAAGAGAUCAAGCUCUUCAACAGAGAUGACCGUCACUGCUCCAACGAAACCUGA